GCUUUAGCCGGGGCACAGAUCGUCCAAAGCGGGGCCUGUUCCCAGUAAUCGGGGACAUCUGGUUACCCUAUUUAUACACGAAUCGACUGCUUCUGCCUGAUCGCGUCUCCGUUUCUCCGCUCCACUCUUCCUGCCUGGCAGAUCCAACAUGGCGUCUUCCGCGGCCCAACGUGAGCUCUUCGCGGAGGGAGUCAGAGCGGUUCUCCACACCUGGCCAGUCCUCCAGAUCGCGGUGGAUAACGGCUUCGGCGGCGCAUACGGCCAGCAGAAAGCCGACUGGCUGGUGGGUGUGGUCCAGCAGUAUUUCCAUGACAACGCUGACCUGCAGCAGUGUGAGGUGGAGGACUUCAUAGCUGAGCUGAUGGACCAGGAGUUUGAUACCGUGGUGGAUGAUGGGAGUUUACCACAGGUGUCCUCCAGUCUGUUACAGAUGUUCACACAGUGGCAGCAGGGGGCGCUGUCGCAGCUCAAACACACCAUAGACUCGCUCACACCGAAGAAGAGUCAGAGGGCAAAGGUCACGGCUCCGCCCACCGCGUCCGAUGAUGAGAAUGAGGACGAGACUCAGGUGAUGGAGUGCGAGACGUCCAGUCCAUCGGUCAGCAGGACACAGCAAGCUCCUCCUCCUCCGUCUCCAGAGGAAGAGGACGGGUGGACGGUGGUGAGGAAGAGGAAGUGAGGGGACGAGGAUGAAGACGAGGACGAGCGAGUUGGACUCAGAGACUGAAGCAGCUGAGGUUCAAGAUGGAGGCGCUAAUGUUUACGAGAGCGUCCUGAGACGUCUGGGGGUCGUCAUGGAGACGCUGCUGGGACAUCUGAGAGGACGGAGACAUUAAAGUUUUAUAUCAAACAUGA